AAGACCCAGAAAAAGGACGUGAUGAGUUUUAUCCAGAGAAAAUCCCAGGAGUGCCUACAGCAUGUGGAGGAACCCAACCAAAAGGAAGCUUAUUUCUUCUGGAAGCUUAUGGAGCUGCGUUGCAACCAAAAUGGAAACACACUGCUGGCUGAAGUCGCUGUGCUCCUGUUUAAGAACUACAGACUUCUGAGGAAACGGCUAGGGGUUAACAAUGAAGAUAGCUGGUGUCUUCCGCUGGCAAAACUUUUAUGCUCCGACAACCCAAAAGACCAGAUACUGGAUGAUGUGAUUCAAAUGGGACAAGACCUUGACUCCAAAGGACUGACCCAUGCUGCACAGCUGUGUUACAUGGUUGCAAUGGAGGAGCUGCAGAUUUUAGAGGGAUCCAGCUUCGAGCUCAUCGGCUGUGACAGACUGCCAAUCAGCCAAUCAGCCAUGAGGGAAGCAAUUGAAAAAACUGAGGUAUACGAAUACGUAUGUUGGCUGACCACGGGGUUCGCCCAGCCAAACUUCCAGAGCUUCAAGUCCUAUCACGCCAUCAGGCUAUAUGAGUUUGGCCUUUUCGACCAAGCCUUUGAGUACUGCAAGACCAUCGCUACAGCAAUUGCUUCCUUUCCACAAGAAAUCUCAAAGACCACGAUGAAACUGACCAUUGCGCUUUCAGAGACACUACACCAAGGGAAGGGAAAAGAACCAGAGUGGCUGCUAAAUCUUCGUCAACUGUACGCAGAUAAAGUGUUUAUGCUGAUGACCCCAGAAGGUAGCCUAAUGUAUAGUGUGGUGUUCAAUCUCCAGCAUCCACGUGAGGAACGCCAUGAUACACAAUGGGCGGUGUUUGAGUCCCAGUACUCUACUGGAGAGCUGCUGGGUGAAGGAGGCUACGGGAGUGUCCGUGCAGGAGUCCGUAAGGCAGACGGUAAACAGGUUGCCAUUAAACAUGUGGGCAAGACGAAGAAUGACGUUUUCAUCACCAUUCCUGGAGAGACACACAGCCUUCCUCGAGAGGUUGCACUGAUGGAAAUGGUGUCCAAGCCAUCUCGGUGUGAGAACGUGUUGGAGCUGUACGAGUGGUUCGACAUGUCAGACAGCUACAUCUUGGUCUUGGAGCGACCCAGCCCCUGCAAAGACCUCCGUCAAUUCCUGAAUGGUCACAAUUGUCGACUGUCAGAACCUCUGGCGAAACAAAUCCUGCGUCAGUUGGUUCAGGCUGCUCGCCAUUGCAAUGACCAUGGUGUCCUGCACCGUGACAUCAAGGCAGAGAAUAUUCUCAUAAACACAGAAACGCUGGAGAUAAAGCUGAUAGACUUUGGCUGUGGGUGUUUGCUGCAGGACACCCCCUACAAAUGUUAUGCAGGAACUUGGGCGUACUGCCCACCUGAGUGGUUAUGUGAGGGACUAUAUUUGGGUGUUCCUGCUACCAUCUGGAGCCUGGGAGUUGUUCUGUUUGACAUGGUGUGUGGACACCUGCCCUUCGGUUGUGAGGAUGACAUCAUUGAUCGGAACAUGCGAAUCGCUCCCGGCUUGUCUCAAGGUUGCCGUGAUCUGAUCUUGUGGUGUCUACACCGACAUCCUUACGUUCGUCCCACGUUCGAGGAAAUCCUCAGCCACGAAUGGUUUGAGGAACUUCAGAAGGAAGUCAAGGACCAGCGUCCUCUUCUGGAGAGCCAAAUUACACCAUGGGCUUGA